AUGGCGUGGGAUAUGCCAAUGGUCACGGUAACAACGCGUCGCACGAAUGAUGCUUUGGGCGUUGCCCAAAUGCCGAGACGGUCUUUCCCCCAUUUAUCUGUUGCCUCAUUUGGAGCUCUGGAGCAGAGCGCUGUGAGGGCGCUGGCGACGAUGACAGCCGUUGAGAAUGAGAUGGGCUGCCAAGAUGACAUGGCUAUUGCGUGUACGGUGCCGAUUCUAGAGAGUGAUCGCAAGAGCUCACUGCGCCAAGAAAAGCCCUUCCUCUGGCUCUGCAUCGUUGCCGUCUCCCAGGCCCACACACUCCCACAAGCAGUACUCAACGACAAGAUCCGGAGUGUAGUAGCGCAACGCAUGGUUCUCAACCUAGAACGAAGCCUAGAGCUCCUACAAGGCCUUCUCAUCUGCAUAGCAUGGGGCAACUUCCAAGUCCACCAACGCCCAUUCCUAACCCUUUUCACCCAGCUUGCAAACACAGUCGUCUUUGAUCUGGGGUUGAACCAGCCGCCGCAGACUAUCCCCGAGGCAAUGCUACGGUUGACCAUCCACCGGCCUUGGCUAUCUGCCACCCACACAGUCGAGGAGCAGAGGGCCUUGAUUGCGAGUUAUUAUCUCAGCUCCAUCGUUUCGUCAUACAUGCGCCGAACGGACAAGCUCCUCUGGACGCCUUACAUGAGCACCUGUCUAGACGAGUUGUCAAGCACAGGCGUACCCGGAGAUCUCACACUUGAAUCGAUGGUCAAGAUUCGCAAAGUCCUCGAGAAGGCCUUCUACUCCCCUCCAAACUCAAAUACCUCAGCUCCGGAAACCCCAUCGAACUUCGUCGCUUUAGUGCUGAAAAGCGAGCUGAAUGAGCUCACCACCGAGGAGCCUUGCCCUGCAGAAAGUCUAAUAACAUCAUGCCACCUCACCUACGCCCCCUUCGCCAUCUCGGAAUUCGCCUUUUCAUCCUCAUCUCCAGACCCACAGUAUUUAUACAACACGUAUCAGGCCCUCGAAUCCUACUUCAACGCUCUCCUUCCCUUCCAACCAAGCGCAUAUCCGGGUUUCACAUUAGCGGAGCUGUACCAGAUGAUGCAUGCUACCCUCUCGCUGCGCAAACUCUCGUUCCGGCUCACGACACGGGUUUAUGACGAGGACCGUGUAGAGAAACUUGCAAGUUGGUAUCGGCAGUCGUACAUCUAUCAACCGUUGCCGCGCGGAUUCAUCCGUCUACUGCGCUUGAAGCCUCACGAAGAUGCAGACGCCCCAUUGCAAUGCGAGCUCUUCCAUUACCCCCUCACAGAUGACAGGAAAGGAACUCACCUGUAUGAGGCUCUAUCCUACUGCUGGGGACCUCCCAGUGAAAGCCAGAAGGUCUUCACCGGUACAGGGUAUCUACAGAUCACCGCCAAUCUACACGCAGCGCUCGCACGUCUUCGAGACCCUUUUCUUGAACGCGUCAUAUGGGUAGAUGCGAUCUGCAUCAACCAGAAAGAUGCCGAUGAAAAGGGCCACCAAGUGCAGCUCAUGGCAGAGAUCUAUGCCAGAGCAAGUGGCGUCGUCGUGUGGCUGGAAGAGGUAACUGGCGAUACCCAGCUCGACCUUGUUGCGCAGGCCGAAAGCCACCGGGCGCUCCAGGUCAUAAGUCUUGCUGUAAGCGAGGCGCCCACGGCCACCUCUGGCAAUGUGGAAGACGGCGCCGGAGUUGCAAAGCUUCUUAAUCGGAACUGGUUCAAUCGCAUAUGGACACUCCACACUCCCGGUGUCUUUUCUCUGGGCAUACGUGCUCUCGGAGAAUUGAUUGACCUGUACCACACGCGUAAUGCAACCGACCGUCGAGACAAAAUCUACGCCCUCCUGGGAACGAGCACCGACGCAUAUCCCGAACUGAAGCCUGAUUACCGCAUAUCGUGGAAAGACCUAUUCUGCCGGCUCGUCAGAACCUUCGUCCCAGAGGCUGCCUCGGUAUCUACUUGGAAUGGUUGCGAAACAGCAUUCAUCCAGACAAAGGGACGCGUUCUUGGCACAGCAUCGUCCGUGGAAACCGGAAUUCCGUGGGACGAUGCUCAGACCGUGAACAUUGUCGAGUUGCAGGAUGUGCCUGGACUUCAGAGCGGCUGGAUAGGCCGUUGGACUGUCCGGGCCGCGGCAAAGCGUGCCGGAGAAGAAAGCCGAACGGAGCCCCUCAAAUCCCUGGAUCAUUCUGCAGAUGGAGCAGAAUCGGACGUCAACUUUCUUCUAAUAUGGGAUUGGGAGGCUUCUCGCGGUGAACCCGGCCCUGAAGCAAAGUUGGAUGACUUCCUUCAGGAGAGAGCCAUUGACUACGCAGGGCCAUCGGAAGGGGUCCGCCUGAGAGAAGUGGGACUACUCUACUCGAAAAUGGGCUAUUUUUCCAAAGCAAUCGAUCGAUUUGAUUCUGCAAUCGAGGUCUUCAAGAAGACCUCCCAGAUAGACUGCGCCGACGCACUUGCAGUCAUGGACCAUCUCGUCCGGAUCUACCGCAAGAGAAAUGAGCGUGGAGACGACCAAAAGGUCAAGGCUAUACAAAAAAUGGCCGAGAUUGCGGUGUCCAGAAGAAGCUACGAUACCACAGAGGCCAGUCUCGUAGGCCUCGCAUCAUUCCACGACACAAAGGCCCUCGAGAUCUUGCUCGACACGCCAGGGCGUCACAUCGAAAUUACCGAUAACGUCCUCGCAGCGGCAGCGUCCAACAACGAAUGCGGCGGUUACAUGAUGGACCUUCUCCUUGAUCGCAGAGAUGAAAUCGUCAUCACCGAGAACGUGCUCAAAGCGGCUGUGGGGAACCCAGGGACGGGCUCAUUCGUGCUUAAACUCCUUUUCGAGCGCAAGACGGACCCUAUAACUGUCACGGAGGAUCUUGUCUGGGCAGCAGCAAGGCAGGAUGUCUGGACAGCCACAACGGAGGAGGGGGAGAUUAAUGAUGUGCUCGACAUGUUGAGAGUUCUCUUCUCAUGGAAGGGGUGCAAUCCCGCUCUAGGCCGGGAGGGUGCGGCGGAAAUCUUUGCGCUGGAACGUUACCUACAUGGAAGCAAUGCUUUGGAUGGCAUCUAUGCAUUUCUGCUUGGAAAGCAAAAUGGGCUCAUCACCAUCACCGAAGAUAUUGUUGAAGUAAUUGUGAACAGAUGUAGGGAAGAGUGCGAUCUUACCGAUAGGGUUCUCGUUAUCUGGAGGAAAUCUGGAAAUCAGAUCCUGAGCUUCCUUACUGAGCAAAGCUUCGUCUAG